CUAUUGGGCGAGGGGUCGGAAGUGACGCAGCGGCGGGAGCCCGGUAGCACGGGGUGGCAGUCGCCGACUAAUUGGCGAUGAACAGCCGGCUGCAGGAGAUUCGAGAGCGGCAGAAGCUGCGGCGGCAGCUCUUGGCGCAGCAGUUGGGAGCGGAAAACGCAGACAGCAUCGGGGCCGUGCUGAACAGUAAAGAUGACCAGCGGGAGAUUGCCGAGACGAGAGAGAUGUGUAGGGCUGCUUAUGAUACUUCUGCCCCAAAUGCAAAACGCAAAUACCCCGAUGAGGGAGAAGCUGAUGAGGAAGAGAUUGAAGAAUAUAAGGAUGAAGUAGAGCUGCAGCAAGAUGAAGAGAACCUGCCCUAUGAAGAAGAGAUUUACAAAGACUCCAGUACCUUUCUUAAGGGUACUCAGAGCUUAAAUCCACACAAUGAUUACUGCCAACACUUUGUUGACACAGGACACAGACCCCAGAACUUCAUCAGAGAUGUUGGCUUAGCAGAUAGGUUUGAAGAAUAUCCAAAACUUAGAGAGCUCAUCAGAUUGAAGGAUGAGCUGAUAUCUAAAUCUAACACUCCUCCCAUGUACUUGCAGGCAGACUUGGAAGCUUUUGAUAUAAGGGAACUGAAGUCCAAGUUUGAUGUGAUUCUCCUGGAACCACCACUGGAAGAGUACUACCGAGAGACUGGCAUUACUGCCAAUGAAAAGUGCUGGACCUGGGAUGAUAUCAUGAAAUUGGAAAUUGAAGAGAUUGCAGCUUCAAGGUCAUUUGUGUUCCUAUGGUGUGGCUCAGGCGAGGGUCUGGAUCUUGGCCGAGUGUGUCUGCGCAAAUGGGGUUACAGAAGAUGUGAAGACAUCUGUUGGAUUAAAACCAAUAAGAACAAUCCUGGAAAGACCAAGACUCUAGACCCUAAGGCUGUUUUCCAGAGAACCAAGGAGCACUGCCUCAUGGGCAUUAAGGGAACUGUGCGUCGCAGCACGGAUGGGGACUUCAUCCAUGCCAAUGUUGAUAUUGACCUGAUCAUCACAGAGGAGCCUGAAAUUGGCAACAUAGAAAAACCCGUGGAGAUUUUCCACAUCAUUGAGCAUUUCUGCCUUGGACGGCGACGUCUUCAUCUCUUUGGAAGGGACAGUACAAUUCGACCAGGUUGGCUGACUGUAGGACCCACCCUCACCAACAGCAACUUCAAUGCAGAAACAUACUCUUCAUACUUCACAGCUCCUAACUCCCACCUGACGGGCUGCACCGAAGAGAUAGAGAGACUUCGUCCCAAGUCACCACCACCCAAGUCCAAGUCUGACCGGGGCGGUGGUGCUCCCAGGGGAGGAGGACGAGGAGGGACAUCAGCAGGGCGAGGAGAAAGGGGCAGAGAGAGGAACAGAACUAACUUCCGGGGUGAGAGGGGUGGCUUCAGAGGGGGACGUGGAGGGACCCAUAGAGGAGGCUUCCCCACCCGCUGAUGACUGAUAGAUAAUGAUUCUUCCCCUAGUCCUGUGCCUCCUCUCUGAAUCUUUUUCUUAGUCUUGUUUUGCUAAAGUGAAUUAUUCUGAGACUGAAGCUAGAUAACUUUUGGAAUUGUUUUUGGUACAAGCAGUAACAGGUACCUGCCUUCCAGUGACCAGCCUGGCACAUCACCUCACCCAGCAGGCAGGUUCUGCACCUGACAGCACUGAGCUUGGCCUCCUGACAGCUGCUGUUUGUCCAAGCAGAGCACACCCCUGCUUCAAACCACGGGUAGGAUCAAAGUGGAGACACUUGCUUUUCUGUUAUGAAACUUCCAAGCUGUGGGGGCUGCCUUGACUGUCAUUUUCUCCAAAACACAGUUUGCUCUUCCUUCCAUGGAGUUUGGGGUUUGGACUGACUUGAAUAAUAAGAUGGAGUAGGUAUGAAAUGCAGUUCUGAACUGCGUGGCCAUAGCAGGCUUACUCUAAUUCAUCACAGAACUAAAACUGCUGUGUCUAUACUGACACCUAUUUUACCUUCUCUUAAACCAAGGAGCAAGUUGAAUAAAUAGAAUUCUAUUUUUCCUUACUUUAUUUAAAUUUCCCAAACUAUGCCUGGGAAUAGGGAACAAACUUGUCCUUCAUUUGUGGUGUAUAUACACUCAUUUCUCAUGUGUGUAGUGGGGAGAGGGGUAAAUCUGUGCCGUUGUGUGGUGUGCUUCAUGGACAGCAAGAAGCUGUGUGUCCGUGUGCAGUCCAGAACUUCUGCAGAGGUCUGGAUUGCUUCUGGAGUAGGGAUUGUCAUAGCUGGGAAUAGCCUUGUUCUUUGGUAGGGAAAACCAGUUUUACUGCAGUGGUGGCAGUGUGAGUAGUAGAAAGGCCUCACUGGAGGCAUUGUUAAUGUGAGGUGCUGUUCUAAGAGCUCCUGAAAAUACCCAGCUCGGUAAGGAGGGCACAGCAAGGGAUCAGAAGUUUGCUUUGUCUGGAGAUGUUAGGCAAAUGGAAAUAUGGACCGUUGGUGAUCAGCUCCGGAGUGCUGUGCAAGAAGGAAGCAGAUUGUUGUGGUGUGUACAGUGUUUGGUUUUAGCAAACCACGGCUCUGAACUGCUUGGUCAGUUCUGGGUAGAAUGAACAGAAUUGCUGAAGUCUGUCUUAGGUGUUGGAAAAUUGGCUUUUAAGUCUCAUAAUGUUUCACUGUUGAAGCCCAGAUUUUAAGUAACUGUCCUGUAAAGCAGUGGAUUAUUAAACUUGUUUAUCAAAGCUCAUGGUUGAAAUAUUUUUCUUAAUGUUUUGUGGGUUUGUUCUCUGAGGUUUGGGAAUUGCUGUUUUACUGUGGUUUCCUCCCUACUGGUGUAAGGAGUAGGCAGGAACUGUUCUUCUGGUGCAUUCUUUUUGGUUCUUCCUCAGAAAGUAAAUACUGGACUUGCAACUUCAGGAAGGUUGAGUUUGUGCCAGUGACAAACAGUUUUUGUUUUU